CUCAUUAGGUUUGAUAUGAUUUGUGAUGUUGUUUUCAGCGAGGUAAAAACAAUUUAUUUCAUUACUGUUUUGCAGGUAGCUUCAGGUGAAUGCAAUGAAGACACUGAGGUUUACAACAUUACCCUUAGUACUGGGGAUGAACUGACUUUAAUGGGACAAGCAGAAAUCCUUUAUGCAAAAUCUUCUAAGGAGAAGUCACGACUCAACACCAUCUUCAAAAAAAUUGGUAAACUUAAUUCAAUUAGCAAACUUGGCAGAGGCAAAAUGCCCUGCCUCAUCUGCAUGAACCACAGGACCAAUGAAAGCAUCAGUCUCCCAUUCCAGUGUAAGGGCAAGUUUAGCACCCGCAGCCCGUUGGAGGUGCAGAUGCAAGAAGGUGAGCACACAAUUCGUAAUAUAGUAGAAAAAACCCGGCUGCCUGUUAAUGUGACUGUGCCAAGCCCUACGCCGAGAAAUCCCUACGACCUGCAUUUUAUCCGUGAAGGGCAUAGGUACAAGUUUGUCAACAUUCAAACCAAAACUGUGGUGGUUUGUUGCGUGCUUCGUGGCAACAAAAUUAUUCCCAUGCAUUUUCCCUUGCACUUGACACUUCCAAAAUUUACUCUACCUGACAGUCUUGUGAAGGGGGAGCUGUGGCACGAAUCCCUCAUCCAGCACUGGUUUAAUAUAUGCCAGGAACAGUUUGACAUAGACGAGUAUUCCCGGGCCGUGCGCGAUGUGAAAACAGACUGGAAUGAAGACUGCAAGAGCCCAAAGAAGAACCGGUGCAGCGGGCACACUCACGUGCCCAACUCCCUCAGCUAUGCACGAGACGAGCUCACGCAGUCCUUCCACCGGCUGUCGGUGUGUGUUUAUGGCAACAAUUUGCAUGGCAAUAGCGAAGUGAACCUCCACGGCUGCAGGGACCUGUGUAACGAGUGGGCUCUGUUUUCUCACGAUGCACUUCAGUACCAGGAUUCUGGUGACAGUAGCAGUGAUUACCUUUUUCCUGAGGUUGGUGAAGAGUCCAUGUUUCUGCCUACAAAACCAGAACUUCCUUACGAAGAGCUGUGGUUGGACCAAGGGUCUGGAAAGCCUGGUGAGCAGCUUCUCACUCGCUCGCUAAGUGAGAAGAACAAAUGUGACAAUUACAGAGGAUCCUUCCGAUCAAAGUGUGGUAGUACAUCUCUUCCUGUGCCUGGGACAGUCGAUGCAGCAACAAAGUCUGUGGAUGUUUCCCUACCUCCACCUCCAGUGCCUCCCAAAUCAGAAGCAGUAAAAGAGGAAUGCAGGCUCCUGAACGCUCCCCCUGUCCCACCACGGAGUUCAAAACCAUCUUCCACUAGUCCUUCCAUCCCUCCUCGCACAGUCAAACCUGCACGACAGCAGACGCGCUCUCCUAGCCCUACUCUGUCCUACUAUUCUUCAGGACUGCACAACAUCAACGUCACAGAGAGUGACAGCGUGAACCCAGCUGAGAGCAGCACACCUGUUUCAUGCUACCCUUGUACCAUGAUGAAAAACGAAUCCAAAGAGCCUGAGAACACAAUGCCUUUUGGAAGCCCCUCAAUUGAAGCUCUGCCUUCCAGAUUAUCUUGGCCAAAUCAUUUUUCAGGAACUACGGAAGGCCAGAAUAGGAGUGAUUUCCUGCUCGAUCCAAGCAGGAGCUACAGUUACCCCAGACAGAAGACUCCAGGCACGCCAAAGAGGAACUGUCCAGCACCUUUGACUUUUGACUUCGAUGGGUGUGAGCUCCCUGCGGGCUACUCCCAGCUGUCCCCAGCAGAGUUCAGCAACAUCUCCAGCUGCCCAAAGUCAGCAAGUUACUCUCUAGGCUGCACUGAUGAGAAAACUCUGGGAGACAGCAAUGCAAAGCAGAGUCAUUCAUGUCCUGCCUUACCUCCACGGGCACCAAAGUCAAGCGAAGAGAAACAAGUUACAGACAUGUGUACUUUGCCACUAAAAAUAGAUGGUGCCGAGGAGGAAUCAAAAACUGAUUCUCCAGACCUCCUGGAAGAUCAAUAUCUGGUUAAAAAGGGCAUGCAGGAUGCAUUUUCCGUGUCUUAUCCCUUCUCAUCUCCCCUCCACCUCCAGUUAGCACCAAGGUCUUGUGGGGAUGGCUCUCCCUGGCAGCCCCCCACAGACCUUUCUGGACUCUCGAUAGAGGAAGUGUCUAAAUCGUUGAGGUUUAUUGGUCUGUCAGAAGAUGUCAUCUCAUUUUUUGUUACAGAGAAGAUUGAUGGCAAUUUACUGGUUCAGCUAACGGAAGAAAUCCUGUCAGAAGACUUUAAGCUAAGCAAAUUGCAGGUUAAGAAAAUACUACAGUUCAUUAAUGGCUGGCGGCCCAAGAUGUGAUGCUGACUAGCUUUUAGUGGAACUGUAUGAGGUGUGCUAGAGGCACUUCAGCUAAUACAUCACUUCCUGUUUUUUGCACUAAGAGCCCUUCUUGUAAAUAGUAGUAGAAAAAUUCUUAACUAUGCAGAUAAAAGUUUUUGAGUGGUGAGCGGUGGGGUUUUUUUGUAUGUCAAUAAUAAUGGUAGAGAAUCUGCAGAGGUGUGCCUUGUGCAUCCCUGAAUGUUCAACAGCUGCUAAAAACUGGACACUAAGGGAACUUUCACUCUGUACUCUAUUAAGACUUAGUCAUAUUUAUUACUGAACAAUUUGAUGCUGAAAGACACACACACACACACACCAAUCCAGUUUACAGUUUUGAGUUAACUGCAAAAAAAUGUAUUUGUUAUGGGAGUAUUUCUUCAAAUAAUAUUUGACAACAUGCUGUGAUGAUUUUUUUUCCUUUUCUGUUAACAAUAAGCAUGGUCAGAGAUAGAAAGGCAUGGUUUUGACACUACAUCUGAAAAUGUUAAGAAUUGCUGUGAAGUGCCACUAAUACACUACUCUUGCAGCUUGUUUUUAUUAACAGUGUCUUCAUGACUACCUAUAAUGUGGGUAUGUUUUCCACUUUCAGAGAAAAGAGCUUGCUUAGCUCAGUGCCCAAAGGGUAGGGAGAAAGGGAAUUUUCCUACUGAGCCAUUCUGACCAGGCCAACUAAAAGUUUAUGACCUGUAGAUUUCAAAAGUUGCUUUUGUAGUCAGAUAGCUGCAGUCAGUGGCAUGACUUGGGGUCGUGCAGCUUUCUUAUGUGAAAUGCAGCUCCCUACACGAACCCUGUCCUCAGUGGCUCCAGCCCCUCACAGCCACAAGUACAGUCAGCAGCCUGGUAGCUCAGCCCUUCCAUUUGCCUUGCUCUGCCCAGAGGAAACCCAUUACGUUUCCUCAGUUGUUGUUACCAUCAUCUGAAAAUGUGCUGUGCUAUUCUUGGAGUCAGAUCUGUGUGGGAAGGUGAUAGUACUGCAGGAUGCCUUUGAAAUAAAACUUGGUGAGGUGCAAGGAAACAGAAGCAGUGCCUGCCACGCAGAUAAGAAGGGGCCAAGUGAGAGUUUGGGCCAUGCCCCAGGAAGUGCUUGCAAUGCUUAAGUUCACCUGUUUCAUCUGCAGUGGGCUAGGAAAAUACGAAUGUCAAAGUAGAAGUGACUGUAGCUUCAUGGAGAUGUGCAAACUCAACUGCCCAGUUACAAAUACUUGUUGCAAUUGAUGCCAGGCAAAAGUACCAGCCAAAAGUGAACUCAGCGAUGAGAAAGAAACAUAAGGCUGCCCCUGGACA